AUGUCUGCAACAGCUGCAUACAGCAACACCGCGGAUAAGGGUUACUCCAGCGGCAGUGAAGACGGACAAGCAGCAGGCCAGCGGAAGGCGCUGGCUACAACCAACGGCUCAUCAGCAUUACCCCUACCGCCCACCUCGGAUUACCUAUCGCAACCAGCGGGCGGUCUGCUCAAGGGCGCAACCGAUGAAAAUGGCAACCUCAAGCCCGCGGCGCUCAUGGUCGGUAUCAAACUUGACCUAGAGGCAGAGGUCCAUUUGACAGCCCGAGUUCGAGGCGACAUCACGAUUGGCUUGUAUUGA